AGAGGGAUGCAGGCGCCUGCCGGGGGAGGCGGUGCCUAGAGCAUCUCUGGCCCAGAGCUGCCCUGCAGCUGAGAAAGCAGGCUCUGCCCAUCCCUGGUAAGGCUGCAGCUGCUGCCACUACGUUUGGGGGCCGAGAGGGUGGUGGUGGUGGGGAGGCCGUGCUGGAACCCAGGAGGCUGACCCCGGGUCUCUGGGUGCCUUGUGCCCACACCUACAGGAGGCAGUCGGGACUUCCUAGAGGCCUCUGGUCGGAGCCAACUCCCAGCAAAGUUUGGCAGGUGACGCCUCUGUGGAGGCUGGGAUGGAAGAAGCAUCUGCGAGGCGGUGGCGGUGGCCGCGGCGGCAUCCUUCCCAGAGAUUCUGCCCGGUGGCCCUUCGCUCUUCUUUGGCCUCCAGGAUCUGACGCUUUCUGCCUGCCAGGGAGAGAAGAGCCCUUUCUGGAUGGCGCAUUUCAGGAGAUGGCUCGGCUGGAAUUGAGCCACCACUAAGAACUGCUGGGAAACACACCCACACCCACACCCACACCCCAACUUCUCCCGGCAAUGUUUUUGUGCUGAGCUUCGCCACCUCUGCCUGACAAGAUUGGUGCCUUCAGAGCCCCUCGCCACACGCCUUGGGCUGGAUACCGCAGACCCAGACUGGGUUGCCAGUGGUCCAGUUAGAGACCUCUGUGGGGCUGGAACGGAGUCCAGAUAUUUCCCCCCCACCCAUGUUCCCCCGUCCAUCUGCUAGCUCUGGAGCAAGUGUGGCUGUCAGGGAGCCAGGGAGGGCGAAACUGGGGCCCGCUGGGAAUUCAUGGCUUAUCUGGGAGCCCUUUUAUCGUUUUAUCUUUUUCCUCCGGCUGGAAGGAGAGCUGGCCGAUUCCCGAUCCCCUUUUGUCGUUCUCUUGCAUCCCUGCCUUCUGGGGAGCAAAUCUGCUCCUGCGCCCAUCCAUGGCCCCUAACCUGUGACUUGUGAUUCUGGAAGGAUGGUGCUGAGCCCAGCUGCGGAGAACGGCGGAGACCCUCUUUGCUGCGGCUUCACCGCCCUUAUCCCUGCCUUCGGCGUCUCUCAGGGGUCCGCGGGCCUAGUUUCAUGUGGAUAGCACAUCGCCAAGACCAUCCGACUGCAGCUCCUGGCCACCGGUUUGUAUUCAGAAUAAUCGGGCUGCUGACAGGGUGAGCUUUCUCCUCUCUUUCAACGCCAGGCGGGAUUUUUUCCUAGCAAGACAAGGGGGAAAUCUCGUGUUUGCAACCCUCUGCUUCUGCCCACCUCAAGUUUUAAGUCGGGGUGAUUUUCUGGAGCCGCAUUUUGGGGCAGCGAGCUGGUUACAUCCGGCUGUCUCCCCUUGGCGUUCUGUGGCCGGGCUGGUUCCUGUUCUGAAACCAAGUGUCGACGGUCCUGAUCCUGGCCAGUGACUUGCUUGGGAGACAGGGCCCCCAAAUCUGCAUCGUCUUCCUGAGACGGGGUCCUGAUCCCUCCUGUCCUCCUCCUGGUGGUUGGAUUUCAAGACAGCGAGAAGGUGCUGGAGCGGAAGACCCACCUUGCUCAGACUGGAAUCCCUUGGGCCUCCUCUCACGUGUCUAUGUGGGAGCUGGCUGUGCAUGCUCAGGGGCACUGUUCCCUUGGCAGUUACCUCUUCUGGGGCGGUGCCCUGGUGAAUCCAUAGCAGCUCCAAUGCAACGCCACUCCUUUUCCUCAGCGUAGGGUCAGCCUGCAGAGCCCACUGGAUUUGGAUCUUUGCUGUUUAAUGCAAGCACUUUAAGGGAACAACGUCCUUUCUCUCUUCUUGGGGCCUGCUGCGGGAUCCUCCGCUGGCGUCUGGUUCCCAGGGCCUGACUCUGCCCGCUUUCCAGCUCUUUUGCUGGGCUCCCUGGGGCAGCGUCAUGCCCUCUCGCAGCGACUCCAGUUACUCGCUGACCGCCCGCACGUCCCACAGCUUCACCCACCUGCGUGUCCGCCGCGCCUGGCUGCAGAUCACCCUCCUCCUGGGCUUCAUCCAGAUGAUCCUGGGCGUCCUGAUCGUGACGCUGAGUCUGCUGGUGACCACCAGCACCCCUGAGAUCCCAACCCGGAAUUCUUGUCCCAUCUGGGCUGGCUUCCCGCUAGCACUCUCUGGGCUGGUGGGCAUUGUGUCCUGGAGACGCCCUUUUACGCCUGUGAUUACCUUCUUCACGCUUCUUUCGGUGUUAGGGAUCAUGCUCAGCCUGGCUGGCUCCAUCCUUUCCUGCAAGCAUGCCCAGCAAGUUGAGGCCUUGGAGUCCUGCGAACGGGUAAGAAGAGACCCUUUCCCGUUCUGGAAGGAGCAGGGCCUGCCGUACCUGGAAAACCAGGACCGCAUCUUGCACAACAAGGAGUUGUGCCGCUGCUGCCGCGCGGAGUCUGGCAGCCCGGCCUGUGUUAGUAGUGCUGAACUGGACUGCCUCAGAGUCCACGUGGUCCUCAAAAACCUGCUCUUCGGGGUGUGUGGCCUGACCGUCUUCGCCAUCGUGGUGUGCACACUUUCCGCCAUCAUGUGUUGCUUCCAGAUCUUUUCCUUGGACAUCUUCCACGCGAUCUCCCCUCCUCGCUCGAGCUCCGUAACCCUAGACUGCACUUCCCCACCUGACACGUUCCUGCACCAUAUGUUGGACCUGGAUGAAUUUGUGCCCCCGGUACCACCGCCACCGUAUUACCCGCCGGAGUAUACCUGCAGCUCAGAGACUGAUGCCCAAAGCAUCACCUACAACGGCUCCAUGGACAGCCCUGUGCCGCUGUACCCGACUGACUUCCCGCCAAGCUACGAGGCCGUCAUGGGCCUCCACGGAGACAGUCAGGUGACGCUGUUCGAUUCGCAGUUCACGGACACCUCGCACGGACCCUGCUCCUGCAACCGGGUCCCUUCCAUUGUGCUCAGUGGCGAAGCGGUUUCCAUGGACAGCGGCUCCUUGAUCAUGUCCGAGAUCGGGGACGUUCCUGGGGACAGCAGCCCGUCGGAGGACUCCUGCCUGCUGGACGUGGGUGGCUCAGCGCGCUCGGUGGACUACGUCUUGUUCCGCUCCAUCCAGCGCAGCCGGGCGGACUACUGCCUGAGCAUGGACUGCGGGCAGUGUGGCCUGCACCCCCUGAGCCCCACUCUCCAGGGCCCCUUUGAGGAGGUGCCCCAGGCGCGCCUGCGUGGGGAGCGCUCCUACUCCUGCUCCACCCCCGGCACGGGCUACGAGGGCUUGCUGGAGGCGGGCAGCGCCCAGAACCACAGCUGCCACCGCCUGGAAGGCCUGGGCCAGGGCGUAGGGCCCUGUUUCCCGGAGAUGCGUGUCAAGGCCAAGGCCUCGCUGCCGGGCCGUAAGGGGCCCGGGCACCGGCGCCGGAGCAGUGAGGCUUCCUGUCGACUCCCUCUGGCCCGGUGCCCCCUACUGCGAUCUCACAGCGAUCCCGGAAUGGCCACAAUCAGUGACACAGACGGUGAUUUCCAGGAGGUGUUCUGUACCAAGGGGUCCAACUCCUCAGCAGAGACCGGGCCGUGCCUGGAGGCUUGCCUUCGGCACCCAUCGCUCUGCGAGCCACAUUCCCUCUCCCGGGCUCACCUGGCGGGGAAGGCCAAGCUGGAGGUGCCCUGGAAGGCCACGCAGCACCUGUCCAAGACGGCCACGCGCUCCCUGGGGGACCUCAAGGUGUGCCGGGGGACGUGGGGGCUCAUGGCCCGCUUCCUGCACAGGUCCAAGCGCAACCUGGCCGGGGCCGGAGCGGAGACGUCUGGCCGCAGCGCCCAGGGCCUCAAGCAGGUGCUGAGGCUGGGGGCUGAGCGGUGCCCCACCGAGGGAAUCCACCUGCAGAGCUGCGGUGACCUGAGCUCCACCUCCUCGCUCCGCCGCCUCCUAUCGGGCCGCCGUCUGGAGCGGAGGCGUCCACACAGCCUGAGCGGACUCGUCCGGGAGAGUAACCUGUAGUGGCCCUCCCAGCGGGCAACUGUCUUGGCCGCUUCGGACCUUGGAUCGUGAAACCCGGGCUGGAUUCCUGGAUGAACUGGACUGGGACGACGGAGGAAGAAGCACAGCGGGGUGUGUCUGUGUGUGGGUGGGGGGCCCUGCUGAAGCCCCCAGGUUCUGUGCUCUGGCCGUCCUGAAGAAUGCAUUGGCGUUGAGCCCUCCCUCUGAUGCAUAUCCGAUCCUUUCCCUCCUCCCUUGCUCUAGAUUCCUUCGCGAGCCAAGGGACGGCAGGGCGUGACUUCACCUGUGCAAUAGCGGCCGGUGCUUCGUGCACACUGAUGGCCCUUGUGUGUGCCCCCCCCCCCCACAGCACACUCUCGGGUUGAUUGUUCUUCCACUCGGAACUCAUUUGUGGAUGCCGGCGGCCUGCAGCCUCACACGGUGCUGGUGAGGCCCAGCCCUGUCCGUGCGAUUCGCCGUUCUUGUGGCCGAUACUCCCGGCUCGUCUGAACAGAGGGCCACUCCGCAAACUGGCUUGCCGCGCGAAGGGCUUCUUGGAAUCUUGGCCCGAGAGGAGAGGGCGUCACCCAGGCCCUUGCGUUCCCCAUGUUAUGGACGCCGCGGGGGCUGCUGUGUAUCCCCAGCGGGGAGACGGCCUCUCUGCUGCUCACUCCCCCCCCCCGGCCCACUCCCCGUGUACACACGUGGCACCCCUGCUGAGAGCUCCGUUUCCCCUUUUGCAUCUCUGUCAACCGCAAUUCUAGAUACCUCACUUGAGCUGUGCCUUGGGUGGGCUGCUGCCUCCGGGCGUCUUGCUGCUAGGAGUGUUGCGGGGACUGGGAUGAGGCCGGUGGAAACCUCUGGAACCCCUUUGGGGAGAGAGGUGGGGGCGCUUGGCCCAACAGGGUUGCCACCAGGUCCCAGGAGCGCCCCCGCUGGAUCGGAAGAAAGGCCCAUCUGGUCCCGCCUCCUGUUUCCCCCAGGGGCCAGCCAGGUUCUUCUCGGGGAGCCCACAGGUGGAGGCAGGAAAACAUGGGCCGCCUUCUGUUUUCGGUCCCCGACGCCUGGUAUCCAAAGGUAGACUGUCCCUGAGCAUGGAGGUUCUGUCCAGCCAUCAUGGCAACUAGCCAUUGGUAGGCGGCGGCGGCGGCGGCUUCUCUUCCUUCCUCCUCCUUCUCUUCUUCUUCUAUGCAUUUGUUUAAUCCCCUUUUAGGGGGUGAACGUACAUGGUGAUGUCUUGUAAAGGAUGGGAAAGAGUCAAGAGUGCCUGGUGGGGGCAGGUUAGGGCUGCCCCCGGUGGGUCAGAGAAAGAGUCUAGCGUCUUGGGGAGUGGAACUGGAUGGACAUGGGAUGGAGGGAGUAGCCGGAGGAAAUUGCCCCCUUGAUUCUGGCCCCAUGUCCUGAGAUCCGCUAUACUAUCCCCAGGGAUCCUGAGAAGCGAGCUGAAAUGACAGCACUUCAGGCCUUUGGACCUGGCCACCCUCCAUCCUGGAGGAGAAAGUCGGCCUCUCUCUGCAUGCACCUUCUGGGGUGUCAGGAAGCUGACCCACCGCCCGCUGGGGUUCCACGCUUUCCUCUCUCCUUCCUCGCGGCCUGUUAUAUGACCUCACAGCCUCCUGCUCACACUGCCCAGCUCUUUUGGAUCACAGGGUGCAUGUCGUAGGGUAAAGGGGCUAUUUUCUUUUUAAUCUGGGGGAGUAUGUGGGCGCCUCCCUUGAGAAAUAGGGCUGCCAACUUUCCACCUGUCGGUCUCCUGUGUCCUUUCACAGCUGCACACACCUGGAUUCCGACAUGCUGCCGAGCUGUUAAAGGCACAGGAGCCCUGCAAGGGGGAAAAAGGUGGCGACACUUUCGGCACUGUGGGAGGCUUACCACUGACCGUCUGAACUGCACAAAUACUUACCUGAGAAAACCAAAUAAAGCCAUAUAUCUAUCUA